UGGAGGAGGCGGCGGGGCUGGUCCUGUCCUCGCCAUGAGGCCGCAGCAGGCGCCCGUGUUCGGGAAAGUAUUCAUUCAGCGAGACUACAGCAGUGGCACACGCUGCCAGUUCCAGACCAAGUUCCCCACGGAGCUGGAGAACCGGAUUGAUAGGCAGCAGUUUGAAGAAACAGUUCGAACUCUAAAUAACCUUUAUGCAGAAGCGGAGAAGCUUGGGGGCCAGUCAUAUCUUGAAGGCUGUUUGGCUUGUUUAACGGUAUACACUAUCUUCCUGUGCAUGGAAACUCAUUACGAGAAGGUUCUGAAGAAAAUCUCCAAAUACAUUCAGGAGCAGAAUGAGAAGAUAUAUGCUCCCCAAGGCCUCCUCCUGAAAGAUCCCAUUGAGAGAGGACUUCGAGUUAUUGAAAUUACCAUUUAUGAAGACAGAGGGAUGAGCAGUGGAAGAUAAACCAUAGCAUUAAAGAGCCUAGCUCCAGCUGGGACCGUCAUCUAUCCACUGGCCAAUCGCAGAGCGUCCCCUACCUCUCCAGAGGGUCAUUCCUUUGUAUCUGCUGCCAGAGCCACGGUGCCAUUUACUCCAAGGACUAACUUUCUAAAAUUCCACACCUGGGGUGACCUCUAGUCACUCAGCAUCCGCUUUGUGUCUCCAAAUUGUGUAGGACUCUAUAACCUUUGUGUUAGUUUCUGAGAAAACACAAUGAAGCAUUUCACUUUUUUUAUUCAAAGCCAUUAAUGAAAUAUGUAGUUGGCCAGCCCAACGCAGUUUAUUUCUUAUCUGCCACCAGUACCAAUGGCUCUCUUCAUUCCCUGGGCCAGCUUACCAGGUGGCUGUAGAUGUCAAAGUCAUAUCUUAGCCAGUGUUCAGUCUUAUUUCCCCAAAUUAAUAAAGUGCUUUUCUUCAGGAUUUUAGUAUAGAGUAGGCUGUGUCUGUGGUUUUGUUAAUGCAUCUCCCAGAUUUCAAAGAACUAUCAGUUUUGCCAUGACUCAAAU